CACAACACGAGCAGCAGCAAGCCACGAUGGGGGCAGCCGAAGAAAAAGUACACAAGCGGCGAGGCCACGAGUUACAUCACCCGCAACAAAGCUCGCAAGAAGCUCCAACUCAGCCUGCCCGACUUCCGGCGUCUCUGCAUACUCAAGGGCGUGUACCCUCACGAGCCACGUCACAAGAAGAAGGCGAACAAGGGCUCGACGGCGCCGCGCACCUUCUACCUCGCCAAGGACGUGCGCUUCCUCCUGCAUGAGCCGAUCGUCGCCAAGUUCCGCGAAUACAGGGUGUUUGUGCGGAAGCUGCGCAAGGCGUACGCCAAGACACAGUGGGGCCGAGUCGACCACCUCAAGUCCAACAAACCCACCUACAAGCUCGACCACAUCAUCAAGGAGAGGUACCCGACCUUUGUGGAUGCCCUGCGGGACGUGGACGAUGGGCUUUCCAUGUGCUGCCUCUUCUCGUCGUUCCCACGCUCGGGGCGCUGCCACGUGGACUCGGUGCAGCUCUGCCGUCGCCUGUCGCUCGAAUUCCAUGGAUACGUGGUGCAGGCACGCGCCCUGCGCAAGGUGUUCUUGUCGAUAAAGGGAAUUUACUUUCAGCUGAGGUUAGGCCAGACUGUGACGUGGGUCAUGCCUUAUCCAUACUCGCACAACCAUCCCACGGAUGUUGACUACCGCGUCAUGUCCACAUUCACCGAGUUCUACACCUCCCUGCUCGGCUUCAUCAACUACCGCCUCUACCAGAGCCUCAACCUCGCCUACCCGCCACGGGUGGAGGGCUCUGCUGAGGAAACUGCAGGCGGUGUGUAUGCCAUGGACUCGGAAGCACACCUUGAGAGGUUGGCCGCACUGUCUCAGUCGCUGGCCCGGAUUCCCGGUUCCAGCAGUAACAGUGAGGAGGUGGCCGAAGAGGAGCGUCCAGAUGAGUUCCUCGUUGAAGAAGAAGACCGUGAGUUGUCCGAGCGACGGAAGGCAGACGCGGCUAAACAGGCAGCACUGUGUUCUCUGUUCGAGGGCACUAAGUUUUUCCUGAACAGAGAGAUCCUGCGUGAGAUGUUCACAUUCAUCAUCAGGAGCUUUGGGGGUCAGGUGUCGUGGCACUCGUCCGUGUGCAUCGGGGCAACGUACCCCGAGACGGACGAGACUAUCACCCACCAGCUGGUGGAUCGGCCCAAUCCCCCGCAGACGUUCAUCAACCGGUGCUACGUGCAGCCGCAGUGGGUGUGCGACUGCGUGAACGCGGGGGUGCUGCUGCCCGUGCAGGAUUACUUCCCGGGAGUCCUUCUGCCCCCCCAUCUCUCCCCCUUCGUCGAGGAGAAGGAGGGCGACUACAUUCCCCCGGAGAAGCUCAAGCUGCUCGCGCUGCAGAGGGGAGAUACAGGCGCCGAGGAUGACGAGGAAGAGGAGGAAGUCGAUGAUGAUGGCGGCGAUGACGACGACGAGGACGACGAGGACGAGGUUGACGCUGUGGAAAAGAAACAGGAGAAGAGUUUAAAGAAGGCGGAGCGCAAGAGGAUCGAGAAGAAGGAGGAUGUGCGCGUGACGGACGGGCGCUUGCGCGUGACGGACGAGGUGCGCGUGGGCGCCGAGCAGGAAGCAGAAGAGAAGCGCCUGGCGCUCAUGAUGAUGAAGAAACGCGACAAGCACCUCUACGACAAGAUCAUGAAGACGCGCAAACGCAAGCGCAAGGAGGCGAACAAACUGGUGGCCAAGCGGAAAGCCAUUGACGCAUCGGCCAAGGUGGCCAAAAAGCAGAAAACUAAGCAACGCUAAAUGGCUCUUUUAGAGCUUUUGCUCAGUGCCAGGACAACAGUGGAACUUAACUCUCCAGCCAUUUUAUCAUCUUCAACAUCCAACUGUGCUGAAGUGCGAAGUCUUGGCUCUGUGUAACAUCAUUAUUAAUAUUUCCUUUGCUGUGCGAGUUGGCCACUGUGAGCCAUCUUCUUUAAAGAGCAGCCACACUUUAAAAAAAAAUAAAAGCAUAAGACUUCUCGGCCCUUUGUCAAUCUACUGUUCCUCUUUGUUUAAGUCAUGGUGGGGGGGGGGUCCUUUACCCAUACUUCGUUGUAGAUUGAAGUGGGGCCAGGACUCUUUCGAACAUCACUUCCACACCCAAGUUAGCUUGUGUUGGGAAAUCGCGAACCCACAUCGCUGGGUUCAUAACAAUACCUUAACCACAGCACAACUGCUCCAUGGAAGGGAAAAAAAAAAACAUAACAGCAAUUCUGUUGCAUAUUCUACCAGGUUGAACUGGUGGGAUUGACAUGACAGCCCAUCACUAUCUCCUCUGGGUUCAGUAAAUCAAAGCUAUGUGGGAAGUUUGCAGCAGAUGUAUGUUCUGAAGACAGAGACUGGCUCCUACCAUGAGAAUGUGGAAAUUAAACAACUGCCUUGUGGCUAUCAACAAAUAUUCACCGUCUGACUUGUUUGAGACAUGCUUGUUUGAGCAGACACAUUGGCAUACACAACAAUUUUGAGACGCGUGACGUUUAUUGGUUUGCAUGAAUACGAGGAUUGAUAAAAGAGUUUUGAGAUUUAAAUUAGUUUGAAAAGUUUCCGAGUGCUCCCCUCAAUUGUUGGAAGCACCUGUGGUGGAGCUCGUGGUUUCAAUAAUCAUUGGAAUGUCACAAAACCUUCCUUUUUCGAGCAGUGUUUGGCUCUGGGAGCGGAAGAAAAAAGUCGGAUCAGGAGAAGAUUGUGAGAGGCCAAGGAUGGAAACGGCACUGCUUUGUAAAAAAAUAUAUACUGGUGCACAGAAGAGCUUGUCCACUGGUGCAUUAUUGUGCUUCAAGUUGCACAAUGAACCUUCAUUUGAACAUCGCUUAUGAGUUGCAUCUCCCAGGUGCUGAAAAAGAGUGAUAGAAUUCCUGGUUCACUUUGCCACUUGGUGAAAUGCACCAAUGCGUCAUAUUCAAAUAAAAUAAUUUGCAGAGCCAUUUUUCUCAGCUUUGCAGAGAUGUAUCGCAUACAUUCAGGCUUUACAUCGCUUGUGGUGACCGGCAUGAUACCGUUGUUUUGCUCGGCUGUCAGAAAGUUACUGCGUGGGAACAUCAUGGUAGACGGUGGUGACUUGUGGACACCUUUAUCCAACAUUGGAUUGACUGGCUGGUAGUGCGACCCAUACAGUGUCUACUGCCUCCUCGGAUAGGUUCAUAAAACUUAGCAAUCAUUUGUAACAUGUUUCAAAACUGUUGCUUCUCUCAUUGGAAAUGGAGAUGCUGAUAUGGUCCUACUGUGCAGACUGCCACCUCUAAUGAGUCAGAGUCCUGCUUUGGGCAUUGUGUGAGCACAUCCCAUCGUAAUCUGGUUCAACUUCACAUCUACAUUCCCAUAAAAUCAGUUAUGAACGUUCUGCAUAAACUGCAUACAAUAGCUCAUCCACACUCCUGUGUGUGUGCCGGUUUAAAUAUGGAGAAACGAUUUUAAGAAUUUUUAGAAAAAUGUUGAAUGACCGAGAAUCCUGCACGGUUUGUAUGUAAACUGUAAUGAUGCAUUCGUUAAAUAAAAUCUAUUAUUUCCCUUA